AGGAGCAGAGAGCAGCCAUUGCUGUGUCUGGCAGCAGGAACUCCAGCUGAUGAGGAACGGAGUCUUUACUACACAUAACACGUUCUGUAUUCUCCCUGAUUCACCGAGGAUGGACAAGGACAGGAGUCACAGGACUGAGAGGAUAAUAAAUAUCACCCUGGAGAUCAUCUACCUGCUGACUGGGGAGGAUUACACAAUAGUGAAGAAGACAUCCAAUGAGUAUGAGACACCCAGCAGCCAUCCCCGUGUAUCAGGAGGACUGAGUAGAACCCAGAGCCCCAUCACGGUGCCUCCACCUCACUCACUGACACAUGAGAGACACAAUGAUCAGAAGAUCCUGGAACUCACCAAGAAGAUCAUUCAGUUGCUGACUGGAGAGGAGGGGGAGUAUAUAGAGGAACACAGGGAUCUGUACAAGGACGUGAUGAUGGAGAAUCACCGGCCCCUCACAUCACUGGAUGGGCCCAGUAACAGAGAUACCCCAGAGAGAUGUCCCCGUCCUCUGUAUUCCCAGAAUUGUACAGAGGAGAAUCACAGGAUCCCACAGGAGGAUCAGUACAUGACUGAUAUGAAGGCAGAAGAUAUAGAGGGAGAAGAAGAGACGUAUGUGACUGAUAUAAAGGCAGAAGAUAUAGAGGGAGAAGAAGAGACGUAUGUGACUGAUAUAAAGGCAGAAGAUACAGAGGGAGAAGAAGAGACGUAUGUGACUGAUAUGAAGGCAGAAGAUAUAGAGGGAGAAGAAGAGACGUAUGUGACUGAUAUAAAGGCAGAAGAUAUAGAGGGAGAAGAAGAGACGUAUGUGACGGAUAUAAAGGCAGAAGAUAUAGAGGGAGAAGAAGAGACGUAUGUGACUGAUAUAAAGGCAGAAGAUACAGAGGGAGAAGAAGAGACGUAUGUGACUGAUAUGAAGGCAGAAGAUAUAGAGGGAGAAGAAGAGACGUAUGUGACUGAUAUAAAGGCAGAAGAUAUAGAGGGAGAAGAAGAGACGUAUGUGACUGAUAUAAAGGCAGAAGAUACAGAGGGAGAAGAAGAGACGUAUGUGACUGAUAUGAAGGCAGAAGAUACAGAGGGAGAAGAAGAGACGUAUGUGACUGAUAUAAAGGCUGAAGAUAUAGAGGGAGAAGAAGAUACGUAUGUGACUGAUAUAAAGGCAGAAGAUAUAGAGGGAGAAGAAGAGACGUAUGUGACUGAUAUAAAGGCAGAAGAUAUACAGGGAGAAGAAGAGACGUAUGUGACGGGUGAUCAGCAGUGUAAGGAGGAGGAGAUCCCUACAGAUAUCAGCACAGGUGGACACACAAGCAGGAAUAUCUCAGAAGGACAUCUAAUGUUAUCCCCGGAUUGUGACAUAAAAGAUAAUGACAGUAGACAGGAUUCUCCAGGAGAUAAUCCCAUUACCCCAAUUAUACAUCCAGCUCUAUCAGCUGAUCCCCCUGAUCCUGGGAAAUGUUCUCCUGAUCACUCUGAUAUUGGUGCAUCUGUUACAGCUCUGACAGUAGAUACAGUGUUUCCCUGUUCUAUAGAUGCCAAAUGUUUUACACAGAACACAAAGCCUAUUACCCAUCAGCCAGCUAAGGCAGCUGAGAGGCAAUUUCCAUGUUCUGAGUGUGGAAAAUGUUUUACAUACAAUUCAGCUCUUGUUAUACAUCAGAGAAGACACACAGGUGAGAGGCCAUUUUCUUGCUCUGCGUGCGGGAAAUGUUUUACCCGGAACUCACAACUUGUUACACAUCAGCGAAGUCACACAGGUGAGAAUCCAUUUCCAUGUUCUGAGUGCGGGAACUGUUUUACAUACAAAUCACUUCUAAUACAUAAGAGAAUACAUACAAGUGAGAAACCAUAUUCCUGUUCUGAGUGUGGGAAUUGUUUUACAUACAAAUCAACUCUUGAUGCACAUAAGAGAAGUCACACAGGUACAUCACCAUUUCCAUGUUCUGAGUGUGGGAAACAUUUUGCACAGAAAUCACAACUUGCUAGACAUCAGAAAAGUCACACAGGUGAGAGGCCAUUUCCAUGUUCUGACUGUGGAAAAUGUUUUAUCUGGAAAUCACAACUUGUUAGACAUCAGUUAAGUCACACAGGUGAGAAGCCAUUUCCAUGUUCUGAGUGUGGGAAAUGUUUUGCCCGGAAAUCACAACUUGUUAGACAUCAGCUAAGUCACACAGGUGAGAGGCCAUUUUCUUGCUCUGAGUGUGGGAAAUGUUUUACACAGAAAUCAUAUCUUGUUAUACAUCACAGAAGUCACACAGGUGAGAAGCCAUUUCCAUGUUCUGAGUGUGGGAAAUGUUUUUCAGACAAAAUAGAGCUUGUUAGACAUCAGAGAAGUCACACAGGUGAGAAGCCAUUUUCUUGCUCUGAGUGUGAGAAAUGUUUUUCACGGAAAUCACAACUUGUUAGACAUCACAGAAGUCACACAGGUGAGAGGCCAUUUCCAUGUUCUGAGUGUGGGAAAUGUUUUGACCGGAAAUCAGAUCUUGUUAAACAUCAGAGAAGUCACACAGGUGAGAAGCCAUUUUCUUGCUCUGAGUGUGGAAAAUGUUUUACACAGAAAUCACAUCUUGUUAUACAUCACAGAAGUCACACAGGUGAGAAGCCAUUUCCAUGUUCUGAGUGUGGGAAAUGUUUUGCAGACAAACCAGAUCUUGUUAGACAUCAGAGAAGUCACACAGGUGAGAAGCAAUUUUCUUGCUCUGAGUGUGGGAAAUGUUUUGCCCGGAAAUCACAACUUGUUAGACAUCAGCUAAGUCAUACAGGUGAGAAACCAUUUCCAUGUUCUGAGUGUGGGAAAUGUUUUGCACACAAAUCAGAUCUUGUUAUACAUCACAGAAGUCACACAGGUGAGAAGCCAUUUCCAUGUUCUGAGUGUGGGAAAUGUUUUAGACAGAAAUCACAUCUUGUUACACACCAGAGAAGUCACAUAGGUGAGAAGCCAUUUUAAUCUUCUGGAGUAUACUUAUCAUUGCCAUGCAUUGUUCUUCAAGGUUCUUAUCCUAUGUCCUGUGCUUUUUGCAAUAUACAUGCUACCACUGGGGGAAAUAAUCAGAUGUCAUGCCCUCAUCUACCACUGCUAUACAGAUGAUCUGUCUUUUGUUCUGGGUACUGAGAACCCAGUACCAAUCCUAAAUGUCUGGCUGAGCUCCAGGUGUGGGUGAUGCCAGUUGGCUGUGACUCAAUCCUGGUGAAACAUGUCCUUAUGAUAGAAGCUCACCAACAAAGGGCAGGGCUACAGCUCAACUUUGUUGCCAACCAGACUUACGCUUGGGGGUUCAGGUUUACAAAAUGCUGGUCCUGUGCAGAAUCUUAGUGUCCUGGAUGGUGGAGGUAUCAGCCACAAUCAGAUCCUCAUCUGGGGAACAUAGCCAGACUCCAGCACUUAUUUCCCUCAGAAGAUCUACCUAGUCAUACAUGCACUUGUAUCAUCACACAUAGACUACUGCAAUGUCCUCUACCUGGGUCUCCCAGCAAAAGAAUUGCACCGCUUGUAGCUUGUACAGAAUGCAGCAGCCAGGCUGUUACCUAACCAGCCCAUUCCUGCCACAUAACACCCAUUCUCUACUCCCUCCACCGGCUGCCUGUAAGAUGGUGACUCUGGGCCUAAUUCAGGUUGGACUACAGUGUGUGAUCCAAAUGGAAUUAUUGAGAAAAAGUUGCAGACGCAUGUGCAGCGCCCGUCCUGCAUAUGCACCUUCAUUCUCUACGGGGGGCUGUAGGAAAUGUGAUUGCUUCUUGUUAAUCAGGCAGAGGCGGUCACGGGGUGGGGGGUAAAGGUCCGUUUCCAGUGAGAAGAUGGAGCGUUACAAGUGCUGUGUUGCGAGAAAUGGAGGCGGACAAACGGCAUGUUCACUGUGGCUGCAUGACAUCAUACGCAGCCAUCGCAAUCUAGAAGAACAUGGUGGGGAUCCUGCGGGCACAGCUAAGCUGGCAGGAUGCUUCACUAGUUUCUAGGAUGAAGCAGAAAUUGUGGAGCGAUCGCAAUUUCUGCUUCAUAAAGGGGGAGGUGCCGGUCAGCAUACUGGGCUGCCUUGCCCUGCGAUGGGCAGCCCCCAGCACGCUAGAAAAAAAAUUGCUAAUUAGCAGCAUCUGCUAUCCUUACUGACUUACUGUAGGCCCCUAUUACAUAAACUUACUGACUCUCCCAGCCCUACAUGACCAGGGUCCAUGUACCAGAAUCAGCUUCUGCCUCCUUACUGACUUACUGUAGGACCCUAUUACAGAAUCUUACUGACUCUCCCAGCCCUACAUGACCAGGGUCCAUGUACCAGAAGCAGCUUCUGCCUCCUUACUGACUUACUGUAGGCCCCUAUUACAGAAUCUUAC